UUGGUGCUGUUCAUCGUGUCCGAAUGUCUUGGGCCCCGUCCUUGUGUCCACGAUCCUCGCAUCCUCCGUGACUAGAACACAAUCUGGGUCGCUCGUUUUGUUCCUCGCGGGUUUUUUGGUUUGAACUGGAGGUUUUUGGUUUGCCUUUAUGGGGAUGAUUUCCUCGCUGUCGUUGGUUUAGGAAGGAGGAGACGAGAAGUUUUUGUUUUUGGAGUAAGUUAAGCAGCUAAGAGCAGCCUUUUGAGAAUGCGAUCAUUCAAUUGUUAGCCAUGUCGGACCUUCCUUCUCCUCCUCCUUUCCUCGUGACCUCCGUCUACUUCACCGACUCAUCGCGCCCCCUUUACCUGUCGCCAUGCGCACCGAGUGGUCAUGAAAGCAGUUCCAAAGAGAGCUCCAAGUCAGAUGACGAAGAGGUGGAGUUUGUUUCUGCAGAUGCUGACAAGGAGUUGAUUAGGUUGAUGGCCACUCUAGGUCUCCCCACUACGUUUGGUACGAGCUUGGAGGUGAAACCCGUAAAGAAUAGGAGAAAAUCUAAGGCUGCUACCUCACGGGUUGUAGGCACUCAUUACGAUUCUCAAGCAUCGCAGGCAGAGGACCCCAGAGAGACUGUGGAUGUGGGUCAUCAAAUUUUUAAGUCAGGACCUCAAUUUAAUCUUAAAACUCAUGUUAAAACCGCUGCAGAGGAUAGCUCUUCCUGCAACGUCGACGAUUUGCACCUCUCUGAGUUCAAUGACAUUAGUAAUGUGGACAACCAGCACCGGAGGACUUUCAGCAAGUCGUUUUGGGAACCCUGUUGGGAUGCAGAAUAUCAAAGGUACUAUUAUUGUAAUACUCAUACAUGGGAGACCACAUGGGAGGUUCCUGAAGGUGUCGAGGACUACAAUGCAAAUGUACUUGUAGAAAGUAAUGAGAAUAUUGAUGACACAGUAGUACUGGUCGACCAAGUGCAUCCUUACGAGAGUAAUUCUCUCUCUGUUUUAGGUGAAACCCCGAACUCAUUGCGAAAAGGCGCUCUUUCGAAGCAACAGGAAUAUGUCGGCUCGUGUGCAAAUGACACGAAUGACACAAGCGUUUGUUUCACUUCUCAAGGAAGAGAUUUAGAUCAGAAUCUCGAAGGGAAUUCUCAGGGGAUAGAGCGAAGAUUAGGAGCCUCAGGUGCUCCAUUGUCGACAGGAGUGGUUGUACCUUCGAAAGCUUCAAGCUAUUCUGAAUUAGAACCUGUGGAUAGCCCUGAAGGAAAAGUUACCAUAGUAGAGCAAUCUUCAGUUGCGAGGACAAUCGUUAGUGAAGAGAGAAUGCUGGAUCAGGAUUUCGAAAGGAAGUGCAUCUCUACACAGGAUAUUGGGUUCAUGGAAAGCACGAAGGUUGAUCUGAGUGAUCCUAUUGAAAUUAGAACCAAAAUCAGCUUGUCACAAAGAACGCACAUUCGGUUUGCAGACAGCGAUGACGAUGAUGAAAACAGAGAAGUGGCACUAUUUUCAUCAAUGGAGAAUACGGAGUCUAAAGAUGCCUUGAACGAUGUAAAUAAUGGUAUCUUCCCUGUGGAUUAUCCGCAAUUAGACUUCGAAGCUAAGAAUGAGACAGUUUAUGAAUCUGUUGACGGUGAAAACAUGAUCAAAACUUUUGAGAAGCGCAAGAGAAGACGAAAUACUACACGCAUGUUAGAGAAAAUGCCCACAGAAGUUUGGUCUGGAUUAGCUGAAAAUUUAAACUCUGAUUCACUGGAAGAAAUGAGCGAACGUACCGCAAAGUACUGGUAUCAACGCUACCGAUUAUUUUCGCGAUAUGAUGAAGGGAUUAAGAUGGAUGAAGAGGGAUGGUUUUCAGUGACUCCAGAAUGCAUUGCUCAACACCAAGCGUCACGAAUGUUUUCAGGGGGACUUAUCGUUGAUGCUUUCACUGGCGUGGGGGGUAAUGCCAUUCAGUUUGCUUUGCGGGGCGAUCAUGUUAUAGCCAUAGAUAUAGAUCCUCUUAAAAUCGAGUAUGCUCGACACAAUGCUGCCAUCUAUGGAGUAGUGGAUCACAUUGAGUUUAUAGUUGGUGAUUUCUUUAAAAUUGCGCCUAACUUGAAGGCAGAUUCGAUCUUCCUUUCUCCUCCGUGGGGUGGGCCUAGCUACAGUGACGUGGAAAAAUUCGAUCUUCACACCAUGAUUCAGCCGUUGGAUGGCUUUAAGCUUUUUCAAGUAGCUCAAGCAGUUGCCCCCAACAUGGCUCUUUUCCUUCCUCGCAAUGUGGACCUAGAUCAGCUGGCGGAACUGUCAUGGCUUGCAAGUCCUCCACUUCCGUGCGAGGUGGAAAGGAAUUUUAUUCACGAAAAAUUAAAGGCCAUCACUGCAUAUUAUGGUGAUGUGGCUUGUACAGAAGUUUCUGCUUCGCAAGUUGCUGCAUCACAUGAAGCAACUGUUUAGAGCAAUGUCGUUUUUUCGGGAAAAUUUUGAUCACAGUAAACAAGAUCAGCGUCGCAGAUGUAGAGAUUUUCGAUGCGGAAAGCAACCGUAAAUGACUUUCGAUAUCGCACCUCAAUAGGAACAUGUAUGCUACCAUGGUUUACGCUCUAGUAUGUCUUGCUUCUUAUUAUCAAAAAAUUUAAGGAUGCCAUGUAAUGUAUUGGCUGGUUUCUCAUUUGAA